AUGGCGCAAGUUGUUAAUCUCGUCGGCGAGGAUGCUGAGCAGAACCCGAAUAUCAUAGACGACCUCCUAAAGACCUUGGAUGGUUUCGACAGAGGCACCAUCAACACGCUCAGCCAGAUGGAUCUCUCUCCUCUCUCCGCCAUUCCAGGAGAGACCACGAGGCUCUGGACUGAAACCUCGACAACCACGCCUUGUCUCUUCCCCUCCUCCGACUGCUGGACCGCCAAACCACCCUCAACAACCCAGCUUAUUCUUUCGACCUUGGAUUUUCUUGCCGACCCCAACCGUCAGGAAAACCCCCAAAAUAUAGAAUUCAACGUCUUCCACCGUGGAGAAGCUGCCUCCCCUGAUCUUGAACGCAGACUAGCGAUCACGCAGCUGCUAGAACCGGAUCGAGCCAAUCCCGUUCAUUUCAUCGGCUUCAAGAUACGAGAGCUUCCAGAUGAAUUUCUAAAGUGUCCAUUGGCGCUUUCAGAGCACGUGGAGCCGUAUGAGAAGAGCGGGCAUCAACUAAUAUUGACGCCGAAGUAUACACUCUCUGAUUUUCACAUCGAUUCGACAGAUGGACUUUCAGUUCCUCUAGGGGACUGUAAAAAGGUGUGGAUUUGUUUCCCACCAACAGCAAACAAUCUCGAUUUGAUUGCAAGAGAAGAAGGAAGAAAAGCGAAGAUCCGAAGGAUCGGAAAGAAACUUGAAGGAGGUGUGAUUUUCGAAACCACUUCUGAGCACGCGGUCUACUUGCCUGUGGGCUGUAUCCAUGCGGUAUUUACGACCACUGGAGGAUUCUUGAAUGCAAUGGACUUCACAACUCCCGACUCAGUUGGCACGUACGCGUUGCUCUUCAAUGCGAAGAUUGAUCGCAAAAACUCCUCUUUCGGGGAUAGCUGCUUUAACUACUUUGGGAAUAGUGUGGAGUUGUGUUUGGACGAGGGAUUGGACUCUCAGAAUGCGGAGGUGGCGGUCAAAGCCUGGGUGGAGGCUACGGAGAGAGUGUUGGACUAUGCGGAAGAUGAUAGAAAACUUGUUACUGAGUGGAAGGAAAAUUGUAUGGUCUUCUGGAACCAUUUCCUGGAGAAGUACCAGACGCAGAAACUGGCUUGUCCUUGUGGCAAAUCGAAGAAGGGAGAAUUCGUGGAGCAUUUCCGCGAAAAGCAUCUGUGGGCCCCUUCGCGGGAGAAGUCACCACGGCGCUCAAAAUCAAAGACGCCAGGAGCAUCAAAGCGUUCAGGUAGCGGCAGCUCAAAGGCCUCGGGCAGUGGCAGCUCAAAAGCUUCGAAAGCAAAGAAGCCCAAAGCCGGAAAGAAGGGUCCUCCCAAACCAGAAGCAGAGGCAAACGCACCGGCAGCAGAAGCACAAGGAGCAGAGGUCCAAGAAGAAGAUGGCCCGGUAGAGGUCGCAGCACCCGCUCAAGUAGCGGUCAGAGAGGGAUUGAGGUCUGAGAGGAAGCGCGGCCGUGAAGAAGUGGAGGAAGUGGAGGAAGAACCGGCGGCGCCACAAGCUGCAACUCGGGUUUCGAAGAGGAUGAAGAGACCUGUGGUAAAAUCGUGA